AUGUGGCAGGUCCUGGCUCUGUGGCUGUUGACGCUGGCGGCUGUGCUCCGUGUAUCAGAGCAGGGUCCUCACCAGCGCUAUCUGUUGAGGGAGUUGCUGAGAGACUACAAUCCCAUGGAGAGACCAGUUGCCAACGACUCUCUACCGCUCACUGUCAGAUUCUCCUUCACUCUGAUGCAGGUCAUGGACGUGGAUGAGAAGAACCAGAUUCUUACCACAAAUGCAUGGCUGCAAAUGCAGUGGUAUGACCACUACCUCCAGUGGAACCAGUCAGAGUACCCAGGAGUAAAGAAUCUGCGCUUCACGCCUGACCAGGUGUGGACUCCUGACAUACUGCUGUAUAACAGUGCUCAUGACAAGUUCGACGCCACCUUUAAAACCAACGUGCUCGUCAACUCCAGUGGCUUUUGUGAGUACCUGCCUCCAGGGAUAUUCAUCAGCACCUGCAAUGUGGACGUGCGAUGGUUUCCUUUUGACAUUCAGCGCUGUGAGCUGAAGUUUGGCUCCUGGACGUUUGAUGGCUGGCUGCUUGAUAUCCAGAUGAAGGAGGCCGAUGUGUCCGGAUACAUGCCCAAUGGGGAGUGGGACCUGCUGGAGGUGCCCGGAGGACGUAAUGAGGUUUUCUACGACUGCUGCGCUGAGCCCUACCCUGACGUUACCUUCGUGGUUACUCUGAGAAGGAGGACGCUGUUCUAUGCCCUCAACCUCCUCAUCCCUUGUGUCCUCCUCUCCUCCAUGACCCUCCUGGUCUUCCUGCUCCCCGCCAGCUCGGGGGAGAAGAUCAGCUUGGGUAUAACGGUGCUGCUUUCUCUGACCGUCUUCAUGCUGAUGGUAGCAGAGAUCAUGCCAGCCACUUCAGAUUCUGUGCCACUCAUAGGUCAGUACUUUGCCAGCACCAUGGUGAUUGUGGGCAUGUCAGUGGUUGCCACAGUCAUUGUCCUUCAGUUUCAUCACCAUGACCCCAGCAGUGGACACAUGCCACAGUGGGUGCAGUUGGUUCUGCUCCAGUGGGUUCCCUGGUUCCUGAGGAUGAAGCGUCCCGGAGAGGCCGUGCACCCUAUCUGCCCCCGCAGUCAGACAGACCCUCAGAGCAAGACGCUGUCCUCCCCUACCACAACCACCGCCGCCACCCCGACUCCGGCCCCCUCCAUCCUCCCACACAGCCUCGCCUCCCUGCAGGCGAGCCUCACCCAACUGAGCCACUCACUGCCGCACCCCCCUUCUAACCUGGUCAACUCCCAGCCCAACCCCAUUUUCCUCAACCCCGGCCCCAACUCACAUCUGCAGCCAAAUGGCCACCUACCUUACAUGGGCUUCCGGAGCGUUCACACCCCCGCGGAAGCAGAGGCAGCUCAAAGGAACAGAGUCUCUUGUCGUGGGAGGGGCGCUGGCGGAGGAUCGGGAGAAGAGGGAGGAGGCAUAGGAGGAGGAGGAGGAGGUGAAGACACACCGACCCAUCACCACUUACUACCCACAAGGAUUGGGAGCCCCCACUACCAAGGUCCUGCAUCCCUGGACCUUGAUGCCCCAGCCUCAGCCGCUCUCGGGAGCCUGGAGAUCGGGGCCGGAGUGGGGAGGGUGGGUGAAAUAAAUGCCCACGGCAUUGUGAUCCAGUCCGGGGCCGUGGACACCCAGCUGCAGGCCCUCCUGGCAGAGGUGCGGUUCUUGGUGGAGCGGGUUCGCGAGCAGGACCGGCAGCUGAGCACGGCUGAGCAAUGGCAGUUUGCCGCCGCCGUCAUCGACCGUCUGUGUCUGGUCGGCUUCAGUGUUUUCAACAUCAUCUGUACCAUCGCCAUCCUCAUGGCUGCACCGAACUUUGGAAUAGCCCUGUCAAAGGACUUCCUCUAAAGGGGGAGGAGACGUGUGGGAGAGAAUAGAGAGACGUAGAUCGAUGA